GCACCACUCCUCGCGUGAGCAGAGCGCACGUUGAGUCGAGCCCUGGCUGGCUGGCCUCUCCCUCUGUGCGCCACAGACCCCGCCAUGCCACUACGUUGUAGAUGUUCCCAAUACCUCGUCAUCGCCUCGGUUUCGUUGCUCAUCUCCAUCGUUGUCGGCAGCAGUCUCGUACCAACAGCCAACCCACGCCCGACCGACUGUUCGCUGGGAGAGACCGCUGACGUGCCAGGACAGGCAACACGCCGGCAGGCGCUAAUUUGGGGCACUCUCUUCAGGACCCCCCUCCACACCUCCAUAGCAAUGUCUCCCUUUGCGCACUCUCGUUCUUUCCCUCGCUCCGCUCGCCUUCCGCUCGCUUUGCUCUUUACUCGGCAAGCUCUCUAUCUCCCGCUUCCUUUGCAAAACUCGGCGAAGCAAUAACCGUCGCUUCGCCGCUCGUCACCAAAUCUGCAGACUCUGCUGCCGCUCAUCGUCUCCAGCUCGCACUUCCUCUCGCGCCAUCGUCGACUUAUGCCCUGGUUGUCUCAAUCCCGUCUGCUGCAAACAUAUCCCUGGCUCGCUUGUCGUCGCGUCGCUCCCGGUGCAAUGGCCACAUCGAGCUUCUGGGCACUGUCACUCCGGCACAGACCGCCUCACAUUUUUCCCUCCCUCUCUCACCGGCUGGUUGUACCACGCGGACCUCACAAUGGAAGGCUCACUCUCGCUCUGCGCCUCGCCUCUGGCAGCCACCGAGUCCACCGCCGCUGCCCCACUCUCCGUCGCACCGCGCUCGUCCUCGGCCGCACCGGUCAUCACCGCCCUCACUGCCUCCGACCCGGUCCCGGUCGUCGCAGGCCUCUCGCCGCUUGACGAGCUCAUUAUCCUUUUCUCCGUCCCUACCUUGGCUCCGCCGCUUUCCUCAACAGCAGACAUCGAUGCCGCUCUCUCCUGCAUUGGCCCGCCGCUCACACCUGCGCCGCUCUCUACAUGCCUCGGCAGUCCGCUCUCCGCCGUCUGGUCGCCAGACAAUACUACCCUCACCAUCACCCUUGCGUCCGGUCACGCCCACCCGCCGCUGAGCGCUACCGCCACACCGGGCCUCACCCGCGUCGUGCCAACCGGCGUACCACCCAUCCGCGACGCAUCUGGCACCUCGUUGCCAUCGCUUGCCACCUCGCCGCCGCUCGCUGGCACAUGGGGCUCUCUCGUUCCGACCGUCAUGGUCGUCAACGCAGACAUCGGCGCGCCGCUCUCCACCCUUGCUUCGACCCGACCCGGCUCUUCAAGGCCAGUCAUUGCGGCUCCUUGUCCAACUCACCGUCCCGCCAACCGUCGCGGUCGUCGCCACCUUUCAGCUCGAUCCGGCGUCGGCGAGCCCGCGCCCUCCGCGCGGGCCGCAUCUCACCAUCCUCGGCCCGGUCUCGCUCGUCUUCACGCCAUCCAACUGGAACGCUUUCCAGACCAUCACUCUCUCGGCGCCCGCUGAUGCCUUUGCUGGCGAGCCCGAUGCACUGCCCAAGCUCAUCCUCCCCCCACUGGGCACCUCUGAUCCGCUCUAUGUCUCCGCCGUGCCUUCGACCGGCACCUCCUUUCCUCUCGUGGUCGUCGACGCAACUACCGCCGGCGUUGCCUUUUCCCCGCUUGCCGGCCAAGAUGGCCGGCAAGCCCAACCGCACCCCGAAUUUCCGCUUGCGCCGCUGGCUCCGGGCCACCCGCUGCUCGCCGGCACUAUCUCGCAGAGCGGCCACAGCCUAUGCGGCCAUGUCUUGCUUACCGCCGUCCCCUGGUCCACGCUGUCGACGGGUACGCGCCCGACCGUGGUUGUCUCGCUCGCAACCAGCCCGCCUGGUCUCGUCAGCUUUGUUGUCGGAGUCGACAUCGCUGCCAUGCCACAGCCGCCCGUCGCCAUCAGCGCCGGGACGGCGCCGCGCGUCCUUCCCGCCCGCUCAGCGACUCGACCCGACUGGUCUUUGCUGAGGCCGAUGCCUCCAUCCCCUUCUGCGUCGUCGCACCCACCGACACCUCUCUCUACGCCUCGACCCAUGUCGCCGUGUCCGCCACCCUCGAUCUCGACGCCUCAUCGUCGGCCGGCUACACAGCCGAUACCGUGGCUGUGGCCUCGGCCGAACUGAAGCUGGCGGUCUUGCGCGUUCCAUGGCCGCGCAUCACGCGCACUGCCCCCACCGUCUCGCCGGCCUCCUCGUCGGCCCCGCUGAUACUCCAUGGCUCUAACCUCGAGGCCCGCUUUGACGUCUCCAUCGAGUCGCAGAUUGUGCCUGCAACCAACAUCUCGGCGUCCAACGACGGUCGCCUGCUAUUGCUAGCCACAUCACCCACAUCUGACACUGGCUACCUGGACAUUAUCGUCUCGGAUCCGAUCACCACUGCCUUUGCAGUCUACUCGGACCACUACUUUACCGACGAUUGCCCGGCCGAGGGCAGCUUUGGCAAGGGCUUACAAUGCGCGCCCUGCCCAUCGUAUGCACGCUGCCCCGGCGGUGACCGCAUGUGGCCGAAAGAGGGCUACUGGACACCGUCUGAGUUUGCCGGCUUUGUCGUCGCCUGCUCGUCACCCGCGUCGCGUUGCUCUGGCGGCCGCGCGUCGCGCUGCGGUGCCGCUUACUCGGGCAACAUGUGCGCAGAGUGUGCACCUGGAUUUUACCGCGCCGGCACAGGAUGCGCGGCGUGUACGGGCUCGCUCGCCGUCUUCUCGAUUUUGAUCACCAGCAAUCUGGCGUUCUGGACUGUUGCCACCGCCGCUGCUCUGCUUGCCAGCGACAAGGCUAUCAGCCUCGGAACGCAGGUCCUUCUCGGCCUCGCUAUACUUCGCAACGUGGCCAAAACCCACGCUCCUAUCCUGCCGUCUUGGAUGAGCCACCUCCUACUGGCCGUUGACGCGGUGAGCCUCAAUUUGGACGUAGUCCGCCCCGGCUGCGAAGGCCUCCCCGGCACCUACACCGCGCACCACUUUGCGGUCCUGUCAGCCGCGGCUGUUCUUGGCUUUGGCUCGAUCACCACCGUAUGGGUCGUCGGCCUCGCCCAUCCACUCUCAGCCGAAUACUACCGCCACAGGCGAACGCGAGUUGGGAUUGCACUCGCGGUCGUCCUCUUUCUUCCGCUCACUCAGCUCUUUCUGAACGGCAUCUUCUGCAUCUCGCUUGCACAAGGCAGUUCGACUCUCUGGGUCGUCGGCGCCUCGCGCAACAUGAAGUGCCUUGCCGGCGAACACAUCCCGAUCUUCAUCUCGUCACUCCUUGGCCUACUAGGCUACUCGGCCAAGCUUGGAGUCUUUGCCAUCAACAAGCUGCGCGAGCUCCGCCGCCGGCGCAAGGUCACGUUCCGGUCAUCGUCGUCCGACGCCGACGAGGCCCACGCACCGCGCCUCGAGCUCCCGUCGCGGAUUUCAGAGCUCAUCGCUACGCGCCAGCGGGCCUCGCUCUCGCUCUCGAGCCUCACUCUCUCUACCACAGACUCGGACUCGGACUCGUCGCAGUCGGAAUUGGGCCUGCCUGUUGCCAACUUUGCCGUCGACAACGGCGACGGGAGCGAGUCGACCGCCGAUACCGGAUCGUCGGCGGCGCACUCGUUGCAGGAGGAAGAAGCAUCUUCAUCGCCGUCGGCCCGCGCGCAUACACGCGCUCUCAGUUUAUCGCCCGAUACGGCGUCCUCUUUGACCUCUUCCGCACCGGCGCGCUGCUUUGGGUUGUGGUCGAGCUGGCGCUGCUCGCCAUCCUGGCUCUCACCAGCUCGAUUCUUCGCGACGAGCCGGGCUGGCAGGCCGCGCUCACCACAGCGCCGCUCUUUCUGACAGCAGCUCUGACCGAGGUGGUGGCGCCGGCACGGAGCCGCUGGCUCAACCAUGGCGGCGCCUUGCUCCUGGCGGUCGCGUGCACCAUCGCCAUCCUCGCUUACAUUGCAUCCGACACUGGGCUCCGUGCCGGACGGACCGAAGUCGCGGCGGUCGUGGCCGCGUUCAUCGCCACAGCGCUACUCGGACUCGGGGCCUGGCUGGCGGCAGAGUGCUGGCGGGUGGGCAAGACCGAGUACUACCGCCGAACCGCGGUGCUUCCUGUCCUCUCUCCCGGGCAGCCGUCGCUGCCGCCGACAUCAGUUGGUUCAGGCUCGACCCUCUACACGCUGCGGACCACAAGCUCCGGCCAGACCAGCUCCGGGCGACCGAUGCCGCCGAUUCCGUACUCGCCAGCCACAAGCAGCCCGCUGCAGCGGGUUGCCUCCAGUCCACACCGGCGAUCACAUCUGGCCAUGCAUGUGCCAUCGCCGCUGCAGCCGCAACAGCACUCGGCACCGGCUCGCACCGCCAGUGCACUGCCGGCACAGACUCGCUCGCUGGCUUCCAUUCUCGAAGACGAGGUACUUGACAACGUGCUCGAUGACGUCUCUACGGCGUCUGAGGACUUGCUCACAGUCUCGACACCGCCUGCAGGAGCUGUCGCUGGCAUUAAGGUUCUAGUCACUCAACCGUCGGGGUCGGACAAGAUGCUCCACAGCAAGGUUCGGUCCCGGUCUCGGCCGCGGGCGAGGGCGCCUCCGAGCAGCGGUCCAGUCCGGUCGGGCUCGCGAUCAGCUUCGCACUCGCGGUCGCGCUCCAACUCGCCAGCACUGGUCGAGCGCCACCCAGAGCGACCGCCGCGACCGCCGCGCGCUCGCAGGAGAACGAAGCGGCGGACGUCAGGCGCUCGGCGAAGCUCCCCGAGCGCCCGCGACGAGCACUAUCAGGCCCCAGAUGGACACCGAGAGCGACGGUACGGCCGCAGCGACGGCGGCGGUGCCGCCGCCACCAUACGGCGGCACAUGCAGGACGCAAGCUCGGGAGCGGCCGCUCACAGCUCCAAGCGCGGCGCUAGCUCCGGACGCGGCGCUUGACCUUGAUCCUGCGGCGGCGGCGUGACGAUGAUGGCGACGCCGACGUCGACGCCGACGCCUUGCUCGCGUCCGGGUGCUCGCGGGAUGACUCUACGUUCUCAUACUCCUCAUCGUCCUCGGUGGAUGGAAAGCUGGAGCCGGCAGAGUCGCCCACCUGUGACGACUCGUAUGAAUAGUCAGCCUCGUCAAAGUCGGCCAGCGACGCAACCUGCGUGUAGUCUGCAGGGAGGGCGAUGAGGGCGAUGACGUCGGGGUCGGAUGCGUCGAGGAGGCGGUAGUUGCGGAACGUGGCCUCGGCUUUGAACAGCUUGUAGAGCGGGAGCUGGAACCGGACCGGAAAGCCGUGGUCGUGCGGGAGGCGGUUGUCGAAAAACUCAGAGAUCUCCUUAAACUCGGGCGAGGCUGG